CAGACGCUCCGACACACACAGGACACCUCGCAGCCAACAUGAACCUUUUCUGCUUCUCGCUGGAGGGGUCCAUGGACAGCCUGUAUGAGGCGGUGCAGAGCUCCGGUGACGGACCCCCCCCACCCAUCCCCAGCCGAGCCUCCAGCCGAACAUGCAGCCGCUCCUGCAGCCCGGCGGUGCUGCUGGACGACAAGUGGCACAGCUCGGGAAGAUCCAUCUCUAUGGAGAUGCCACAGAUGCAUAGGACCAUCUAUGAUAAAAAUAAAAGAAGAACACAUAUAUCCAAAUAUGCCUCAGAUAACGACACACUAGAUAACCCCGGCUGUAAUGCUGCAGUUUGGCCGUCCGCCAAGAGCCAAGAAGAUUUAGUCCGCAUCCCUAACAAUCACAAUGAAGAAAUGAAAAAGACUAAACACAAAACAGAAACCAAAGAUGGGAAAGGAGCUCAUUCAGGCACAAAGAAAAAGGAGAAACCACACUCAAGCCACAAUCUACACGCCAAUGGUGAGUCUAAACCUGCAGCCAAAAGAAACCAAAAGACUGGAAAGAAAGCUGGUGGAAAAAGCGGGAAAGAUGGGUCGAAGAAAAACCACAACUCAAGAGUGAACUCCCCACCAUGCGCUAUGAGCCCACCCCUGGGACCCCACUAUCUGGACGUGCCCUACAGGUCAGACAGGAGGCCCUACAUAGGGAAGUCGGCCACCCUCCCAGUCCCCACUCAGGAGAACUCGACCCCGGGCCGACGCACAGACAUGAUGAGCCUCCCUGGUGGAGCGACCCCCACCCAUACGUACCACCAGCGCUGGAGUAACCCAGGCGAGAGCAGCCCUUCCUGGGGGUCCGUGCAGCACACCUGCCGCCGGCCGCUCACAGAGUAUCGCAUGUUCUCCCCUGACUUCAGCACGUCCCCGGAGAAGGAGUGGGAAGAGGGACAGCAGCAGGUAGCGGCCCAAGGGGACAGCUUAAAACGGGACUGUAAACCCCAGACUUCCCCAAACGUGCCACGAUCUAUGACGGAUGUGAAUCUAUCAGAAGCAGAUGUAAGUUUUUAA